AUGCCCAGCAAUUGUGAUGCCACAGGGAAGCAAGACUACAUUCCAGCCACCUGGCUGCUCUCCAGAACACUCAAGAAGCAGCUGUUCAGAACAGAACAGAUCAAGUUCCAGUCAGCAGCACACCAGUUUGGUCAGGUGCUCAAGUGUCUGAUGAUCUGCUGCACCACUGAGACAAGUUGGUUUGACAAACCUAUCAUGGAGCUGCCUCACAACCACCAUCAUGAUGUUCUCUGCAGUCUAGAGUCCAAGAUCAGAGAUGAGCUCCAGCAGUCCCUUCUGGACCUUAUGAAGACUGAGCAAUGUGAGCUCAAGCUUACUGAUGAGGAGAUGAUGGAGAAUGGGUGGCAUGCUGGUGGGGACAAGAAGAAUUCCCCCACAUGGUUCACAUGCUUGAGGUGUGGCUGCAGAAGCAAGGCUACUGUGUUGCAGCAGUCUAUAGCAGACAAGACACACAUUCACCACUACAGGCAGAUGAACAAGGCCAUGUACACCUACUGCCUGGUGUGCAGAGAUGUCCAGGUUAAAAGCAACAUUCUUGACUGGCAGGCAAUGUGGAAGAGUUUCAAUGAACUGGUGAUGUUGCUGCAGAGAGAGGCUGGCAUAGUUCAAGAUGUGAUUGAUCUGGAUACAGACCAUGCAGCACUUCUGUCAAGAUGCCUGGAUAUUAUUAGAGAUAUAUGGAACAAUCAUGACUCACCCUAUCAAAUGUGUGCCAGCAUAUUCUCUGAUGCCAUCAACUGUUGGUAUGGUGCCUGUGGCCUUUCAUUCAAGAAGGAGGAUUCUCUCAUCCAGAGAUGUAAUACAGUUCCUCCAAAGAAUGAGGCUGCAGACUAUUGGCUGUAA